UCCGGGGGAUGCUAGCUAAUGUUAGCAUGGAAGCUAGGUUUUAAAUUUAGAUAGCAGUGACCCACCGCUACGUAUUUCGACUAAGGUCACCGCCCAUAGACAAGAUGGAGGAUGAAGCAGGCGUAGAGGGGGAGGUGGAGAACCCGGAGGCCUUCUCGGCAGAGAACUAUGCCGCCGAGGCCAUGGCGGCCGACAUGGACCCCUGGAUUGUGUUUGACGCCCGCAAGACUCCCCGGGCAGAGUUUGAGGGCUGGCUGGAGUCCAACCGGCCCUCGCUGGUGAGUCGCUACGGUGAUGAGGAGGGGGGCUCAGGCCCCGUGGGGUGGAUCGCCGUGGUAGGGCCCGACCACUUCCCCAGCACGGGGGACGUGGCAGGGCUGCAGGAAGGCUGGGAGAGACUGCUGGCUAGCGGCAGGCCUGUCAGCUUCCAGACGGUGAAGGAGCUGGCCCUCAACCACGGCGUGCUGACGGGCAAGUGGCUGAUGCACCUGGACACAGGCUUCAAGGUGGACCACGCCUGGGCCAGUGUCGCCCACGCUGUCCUGGACGGCAAGAUCUCCCUGGCCAAGGUGAGCCCGCGAGACCCCAAGCCUGACAGCAAGCACGUAAUCUGCGCCUACAACCAGAGCUUCACUGAAGAGGACCAGGUGAUGAGGCUGGACGCAGUCAUCCGGGCCGCCGGGGUCAAGUGCCCGCUGUCCUACAAGCCCGACGUCUACACCUACCUGGGCAUCUACCGCAACAACCGCUGGAAGCUCUGCCCCACCAUUUACGAGAGCAAGUUUGACCUGGAGUGCGUGCCGCGCCGGUCGCACAUUGUCAACAAAGUCACCGGCACCGAGGUGACGUAGGCCCUGCCCGGGCAUCGUGGGAAGGGGGUAAGGGGGCAGAGUCCCCCGGACAGGUGCACUCCCCCGGACAGGUGCACUCCGUGAAGCUUACCUGUGCAGACUUGUUUGGUUCCAUUUGUGCCAUAUAAAAAAAAGCUGAGACUGUGUGCUUCCGUUUCUACAAGCUAAAUCACUAAAUCACUUUGGUACACUAAAUCUCGGCUCCAGCUGAACGAGCUGUGGAUACACUGAUUCUAUGAUGAAGUCCUGGUGCAUCUUAUUGUGGCUUCAAAUGUGAAAAUAUUAAGAGUUUAGUUAUCCACCCACCUGUGUUCAUGGUUGCCUUCAGAUGACAAGAUUUUGCAAACUGAUUCAUUUUGAAAAUUUUUCAUUUUUCAAGUGUCAUUUUGUUCACAGGACAUUGAACAUCACUGUUGAUUUAAAUUAAAUGCUGCUGUUGUCUUAAUACCAGCACUAAGUGGAAGAGAAAGAGAGGACUCAGUUUUUACAGAUCAUACAGCUGAGUUGCAGGUACAAGGAGUGUCAUUAGUGUCUAGCCAUUCGCUCUGAACGUUUUGGCAAACUGAGUGAGUUUACACUGAUUGGAAUAACAUUCAUCACACCAAGCCAGAGAUGAACAUUUAAGGGCUGUAUCCAAGUAAUGUUUUCCUUUUUUUCCAGCACUUGGAAAGAGAUUUUUGUUUUUAUUUUAUACUAGGAUGAAAGGAUGAAAACCUCUUGUACACCUGUCUAAUAACAUAUUUGCCAAAUAAAACAUUGGAACCCGUCUGUUUAAUUUGUUAGAUCUCCUGUAGUAAGACAGACAUAUUUGGCUGAAUAUACACAUCAGCACAUUGAAUUUAGCUAUCUACAGAAUUCAUUCAUGGGAUUUUUACACAUCAGGCAAAGACAUGUUGUCGCCACAAGAAUAGCCAGAUGAAGUUAGAUGGGUUGCCUCCACUCCUGCAGACAACUUUGCGCCAAUAUAUGUGAAAAAUGACGGCAGUUUCUGUGCAGCCAGUUUUGCAUUCUAAUUGCACUCCUCUCGCAUUGGUCCAGACGAAUAACAUGGGAUAUCUGGACCACUCAUAGAUCUGUCUAAAUAGUGGCCAAGUCACCUGCAAG